GUACUAUAAAGGGUGUAACUUUUCCAUUUUCCAUUUCGCAGUAACUUUUAUUCGGACUCGUUGGUUAGCUCCAUUCUUUUCCCCAUUGUUCCUCCCUUCCAGUGCAGAAUAGUUGAAAUGACUUCUGCAAGUGCAGCGGAGAAUUGCCUUGGUUGGGCAGCCCGAGAUCCAUCUGGAUUUCUUUCACCUUACAAAUUCAGCCGGAGGGCAGUUGGCAGUGAUGAUGUUCUGCUAGAUAUUGCAUUUUGUGGAAUAUGUUUCGCUGAUAUUGUCUGGACCAGGAAUAAACUUGGACAUUCAAAAUAUCCUCUAGUGCCAGGACAUGAAAUUGUGGGAACUGUGAGAGAUGUUGGCACCAAUGUUAAGCACUUUAAAGUUGGCGACCAUGUUGGUGUUGGAACAUACGUUAAUUCAUGCAGGGAAUGUGAAUAUUGUAAUGAUGGAUUAGAGGUUCAUUGCUCAAAAGGAGCAGUAUACACUUUUGAUGGUAUAGACGUGGAUGGUACAGUUACUAAAGGGGGAUACUCCAGUUACAUUGUUGUUCAUGAAAGGUACUGCUUUAGAAUACCUGAAAAUUACCCGCUUGCAUCUGCAGCACCUUUACUAUGUGCUGGAGUUACUGUCUAUACUCCGAUGAUGAGACAUAACAUGAAUCAACCUGGAAAAUCUCUUGGUGUGAUUGGAUUAGGUGGUCUAGGUCACUUAGCAGUGAAGUUUGGAAAGGCUUUUGGAUUGAAUGUAACAGUAUUCAGUACAAGUAUAUCUAAGAGAGAAGAAGCGCUGAAGCUUCUUGGAGCUGACAAUUUUGUGGUCUCGUCGGACGAACAACAGAUGAUGGCGCUGGGUAAGUCGUUUGACUUCAUGAUUAACACUGCUUCUGGUGAUAUUCCAUUUGAUCCAUACUUGUCGCUGCUAAAGACUGCUGGCAUUCUUGUUCUGGUUGGCUUCCCAACUGAAGUGAAAUUUACUCCGGGAAACCUAGUUCUCGGUAUGAAGAGCAUUGUUGGGAGUGUAACUGGUGGAACGAAGCAGAUACAAGAAAUGCUGGAUUUCUGUGCUUCCAACAAAAUUUAUCCAGAAAUUGAGAUAGUCCCAAUUCAGUAUGCCAAUGAGGCACUCGAAAGGUUAAUUAAGAAGGAUGUCAAAUACCGUUUUGUAAUUGAUGUAGGUAAGAGCCUCAAGUAAGAUGGAGGAAGAGGAUGGUUCUCUUGCACCAAAUUAAGCAUGGCAAAAAUCUCACAUGAGCAUUCUUGUGGCUGUGACAUAGCUGGAAAUAAAAAGUAAACUUAUUCCCUUUAGCGCAUCAGUACCAUGUUUUUCUUUCACACCAACUAUCGCUUCUAUAUUUCUUCGCUGCCAUUUACUUCUUUUGUUC